AUGGCCGAGCGGCUGUCGGAGGAGAAAAUCGCGGAAUUCAAGGAAGCUUUUUCCCUCUUUGACCGCGACGGCGACGGCUGCAUCACCACGCGGGAGCUGGGCACCGUCAUGCGCUCGCUGGGCCAGAACCCCACCGAGGCCGAGCUGCAGGACAUGGUGGGCGAGGUGGACGCCGACGGCAGCGGCACCAUCGACUUCCCCGAGUUCCUGUCGCUGAUGGCCAGGAAGAUGAGGGACACGGACAGCGAGGAGGAGAUCCGGGAGGCGUUCCGGGUGUUCGACAAGGAUGGGAACGGCUACAUCAGCGCGGCGGAGCUGCGGCACGUCAUGACCAACCUGGGCGAGAAGCUGACGGACGAGGAGGUGGACGAGAUGAUCAAGGAGGCCGACUGCAACAACGACGGGCAGGUCAACUACGAGGAGUUCGUGAGGAUGAUGACGGAGAAGUGA